ACUCUAGACUGAGGCUUGGCACGCAUCGUCUUCCGCCCGCGUGUAAUGCCCAGGAACAGAUCCAGGCUGAGAAUUUGUAUUCUGCUCUCUUGGCGAGUUACUCGGCUCAGAAAUGUCGAACGCAAAAGAGAAGAAGUAUGCAAAAAGGAUGCGGAAUCAGCCAUCUAAUGUGAGUCUGUCAUCAGACAUCGGCACUGAACAGGGUCAUCGGCCUCGUCACAAUGAGAGACAGGAAAACUUUCAGCAACACAGAGACAGCCACCCUGGCCCCUCCGGACAGCACCAGCGACACCCCUAUCAAUCACAUGGGACCCACUUCCAUGGUAGAGGUGGUAAAGGAAGGGGUGCACCCAGUGAAGUGCCUCUUGUUCCUAAAUACAUAACAGCCACAAUGUUUGCCCAGGCGAGGGCUGCAGAGAUCAAUGCAAUGGUUAAGGCUGUUUCCCAGAAGUCUUCCAACACCUUGGUGUUCCAGUCGCUACCCAGGCAUAUGCGCAGGCGGGCUAUGGGUCACGACAUAAAGCGCUUACCCAGAAGGCUCCGGGAGGUUGCUAAAAAGGAGAUGGAAAAAUCUGCCCACUUGAAGAAAGAAGUGUCGAAGAACAAGUGUCGGAAAGCUCGAAGGCGCCACGGCAACCUUCAGCUAGAGUUCAACCGCAGGCAGAGGAAGAACAUUUGGUUGGAAACACACAUUUGGCAUGCAAAGCGCUUUCACAUGGUGAAAAAGUGGGGUUACUGUCUGGGACAUAGACCUACAAUGAAGAGUUAUAGGGCUUGUUACCGAGCCAUGAGCAGUAACUGCCUUCUGCAGGAUUUGUCUUACUACUGUUGCCUGCAGUUGAUGGGAGAAGAAGCUGCUCUGCUGAACGCUCUGUCAAGACUCACAAGCACAGAAACUGGCCCAUCUUUUGCUGCUGCCUUGUGUCUCUCUGGAAAGCGCCAAGGAUCCUUGGUCCUGUAUAGAGCUGAUAAAUACCCCAAAGAAGCUCUCGGUUCUGUUACAUUUCUCUGGAAACCAGCCUGUGUCCCUGAUUCUCCAUCUGAAAAAAGGCAGUUGUGGAUAUGGUGUCACCCUACUCUCAAACAGGACAUACUGAGAGAAUUAAGACAAGUUUGUCAGUGUGAGGAAGCUCCUGACAUUGCUGUCUGCAAGCCCGAGCCUGUUAUUGCUCCACAACCUGCAAAACCACAAACUACCCCUAAAACUACAGCGAAAAAGCGGAAGCGGAAAGAUCAGGAAGGGGAACAGGCAGUACCUGUGAAAAGAAUCAUUGGCGAUGGGACUAGGGAUUCUCUGGAUCCAUAUUACUGGACAUCAAAGCAUACAGCCAUCAGAAUUAGUGAUCUGACUAUGGAAUUUGUGCGCUAUCGACUGACUGGCCCUCUCUCUCACAGUGUGCUGACUGAAGCUUUGCGUUCUGCUCCACUUCAUAAGGAAACUGAAAGUGAUGCAGGGCCUCAUACCUGGUGGGCAGAUUACUGCAGUAACCCUGAGAAUGUCAGACUCCAUACCCUUCAGGAAUCCAUGUUUCAGCUGCUGCAAGCAGUAGGAUCUCCAGCAGAAUUUCCCCCUGGCACCAUAUUGGGACUCACAGUGGGAGAUCCAAGACUAAACUUGCCAAAGCAGAAGACUAAAGCUGUGCCGAGUGUAGAGAAGUACGAAGACAGAGACCAAGUGAAAUCUAUAAAACUGAAUGGUUUUCCUCUGGAAUGUGCUCAGAGCUUUAUCUGGGCUUCUGAUAUCUGCUCCAAAGUUACCGAGAAUAAAGUUUCAGAACAGGAGAUAAACCGCAUGAGGAGUGAGCUGCUUGUCCCAGGCUCUCGGCUGGAUUUGGGCAAUAGUGAAUCCAAGAUCCCUGUCCUGCUGAUUCAGCACCCUGGGAAACGCACUGGAACUGAUCGGCCUGGCUGGGGAAGUGGCUGGGACAUCUGCCUGCCUAAGGGAUGGGGAAUGGCUUUCUGGAUUCCUUUUAUAUACAGAGGUGUGCGUGUUGGGGGUUUGCAGCAAGCGCUGCAGCACUCUCAGUAUAUGGGAAUUCCAGAUGCCCCCGGUGACUUUCCUGACUGCCCAGCUGGUGUUCAGUCUGCAAAGGAAACUGAGGAUAGUCUGCUAGAGGCUUAUAAAAGGCGCCCACCUGCAAAGAGAGCCAACUUUAUCAAGCACGGAGUCCUUGCACCCUUCCGAUGUCCCUGGGAGCAACUGACUGCAGAAUGGGAUCAGAGGGCUGGAACAGUAACUAAAGUCCCUGCAGCUGAAAAGGAGGAAGAAACAACAAUGGACACAAAUCAAGAGGGGGAGGUACCUCAAGGAACUGUAACAGAGGCACAGGAGGACGUGAGAAUGGAACCUGGUUCCCAAGGCACCAUGGGAAAUGAGCUGGAUAUGGAAAAAGCAGGUGGAGCCGGUGUGUGUGUGUUGAGGAACAAAAGAAUUCUGAAGGAGCUUUGUACACUGUGUAGUCUGUGUAAUCAGAGAGGCCCAAGAUCCAAGCAAAUUCCCAGUCCUGCUCCACACGGACCAUCCGACAUGCUACUGCAGGUUCUGCACACUUUCCCUCGCUCCCUGGUAUGGGUCAGGCUGACCAUGCUGACAAAGGGUACCCCAGAACUCCAUGCCAUGAUCUGUAUACCUUCUGAGCAGGACUUGGUGCAACUUGCUACUGACAAAUCAUUCGCUGGCCCUCAGGAGCCUAAGCAUGGAGAUCCCAUCAAGAAGAAAGUACUGAAACAUCAAAAGGAGACAAAGAAGAAGAAAGCAAAAGCUAAAAUGGAGAAGGAAGCACCACAACAAAAGGAAGAGAUGUCCAGGGAUGAUGACAGUGAUCAGCUUACCCUCGGCUUGUGGCCUAAUCCUCUACCUCCGGUCAUCAGUCACUGCUGUAGAACCCUGCUCGGAUUCGUCACCCAUGGGGACUUUUCUAUGGCCGCCGGCUGUGGGGAGUCAUUAGGGUUUGUCAGCUUAACUGGCCUUAUAGACAUGCUGUCUGGUCAUCCUGUGAACAGGACUGGGUUUGUGCUGGUUAGAAACCCGUCCUCUUUGCAGUACAGGUUUGCCAAAAUAAUGGUUGCUGCAUAGACACAACUGUAACUCAAUCCUCUGCAUGUCUGCUCCAGAUACAGCGCCUGUGACAAACUCAUUUACUAUAGUUACUGAGCAGUAAUAAAAGGUUUCAGUUAUAUGGGUUGCUCAACUCAAUAGCUGCAUGAAAGACCGACUGGAAAAUGAAUCCAAAGACAAGUAAUACCUCAUAGAAAGGGGAGUUUCCAGCUCCUCCUUGUAUUCAGAAUUCAAUUCAGCAGUAGGGAUUUGUGUGCAUUGUAACAUAGACCCAGAUCGCUCAGGUGGGACCAGCAUGCACAUAAUAGUUCCAGUUUAGCUUGGAUAUAAUGUGUUGUAGUGGGUCUGCAUGAAGUUAGUCACCUAUACAAGACCAAUAGAGGGUGCGGCCCUGCCCCAUACAUUUAAAAGGUGACAUCAACUCUAUGUGUCACAUAAUGUACAUGAAUUUUAUACAUUGCGAAUAUCAAGAAUGUGUAACUGGAGCUGUUCAACCUGGACUCUCCUUCAGUAGUUCUACUGCUCAGUUUGGCAUGAUUUAUAGACGUGAGCAGAGAAGUGACACUCCUUGCUUCACUAAAUCAAGCUUUUGAUGUUAUUUCCUGCCCUUGCCCAGGUUAAACAGCAGGGGGCUGUAUUUGUGUAUAUCAUAGCCCAGUUAAUGCACUGGGGGAUCAAUAUCUAUGUCCUGUCAAGAGUCCCUUGACUGCCUUUCUGGAUGAAUUUGCCUGCAUGUGGGCUCAUGGGCCCAUAUGCUACUGUAGGGUCUCUAAGUAACAUAAGGAAGCGCUUAUGUGUGACAGCUUCCCUUGGCCUUGUCCCUUCAUCUCCACCAAAGCUAUAGAUGAGAGUGCUGAAAUGAGAGUGAGGAGUUGGCAGUGGGCCCAUCAUUUCAUUAUCCUGUGCCCUUCUCUGCAUCCUCCACUCCUUCCUUGCCAUUUAGCAGCCUUUGUGAUUAAUGGGUCUCACAUCUCAGCAUAAAGAAUAGAAUUCAGUAUUCUUUAUUGUGAACUGAGCAACAUUAAUAGGCUUUUUUUUUUUCUUUUUUAGCAAAGGACGCCUGUACAAUGUGCGCUGUUCUUUAUAUUUGGAGAAGGAUACUCCUGCUGCUUUAUUUAACCAUUAUGUAGCCUUUCCUUUGUGCAUAAGUUAUGUAUAUUUAUUUUCUGUUUUUCCUUAAUAAAAGCAAAUGUUUAUGUUGCAAUGCAUUAAGGAGUUCAGAUGUAUGAAAAAUGCCUUAAGGAGUCCCGGACGCAGGGUGCUAGGCUGGGCACAGCCAUUUGCACUGUACACAAAGAAAUAAAGAACUGCACAACAAAAUGUGGAUUUUGGCAUCUGGUUACUUCAAAUAAAUGAACAGGUUGACUUCC